AUGAUGGAUCCAGACCUCAACAAUAAGCUCGAUAGACUACUCACUCUAUUGGAAGUCCAGCUAGAGCUUACCAGGCAGGUCUCAUUCAUCAACCUGGAUGAGCAGGAUGACGUCAACUAUGAGAAGUAUGCUUCACCUACUGGGCCAAGAUAUGUCAAGACUAAGGUGGACCCCUACAGCAGGACCAGGAUGGACCCUUACCCCUUGGACCAAGAGGAGGACACCAGCAUCAUGAUGGAGAGGUUGAAGCCCAUUGCCACCCCAUUUCCAAAGUUCAAUCCCCAAGACAUGGAGAUCUUCAUUCUAGAAGCCAAAGCAUGGUUUAAGUUCAACCAGGUGUUUGAGCAGUCUAGGAUGAUCAAUCACAUGGGUGCUCAACUGGAAGGGACAGCACGAGAGUGGUGGACCUCCAAGCUCCAUAUUGAUAGAGCUAGAGAAGGAAGGUUGUUCAAUGAUUGGCACUACUUCACAGAGCGACUGUCAGAACAGUUCAACCCAUGCAAUGCUAGGAUGGAGGCAUACAACAAGCUGUUAGCUCUCAGGCUCACAAGUGAUGCUCCUGGUGCUGCCACAUGUCAUGUAGAGUGGUUCAGAGACUUGGAGGGACAGGUCAACCUAGAUGACAAUGAGCUAGUGUUUGGUCUCUUCAGAGGUAGUAUCACUCACAGCAUACAGGAGAAGUUCGAGAGGAACCCACCUGGGAAGAGAUGGGAGUGGUAUCAAGAGGUUGAGGAGAUCGAUCAACAGAGGAUGCUACUACAGCAGUCCUUGGCUAGACACUCACUCCCAAAUGCCACAUCACCUCCACUAAGAACUGGGUCUUGGCCAAUUCAAAGUUCAAUCCCCAUAUGUCAACCCACUCAACCUUAUCCAGCUUGA